AUGGAGGGUGAAUCAGAAGCGCCACCAUCUGCAGCAGAGACUGUGAUGGAAGCAGGAUGUGCUGCAACUGCAACGAUGGCUCCCAAUGUCAACCAUGACGCUGCCAUACCCGUUACCAUGGUGCCUGUCACAAAGCAGAUGUCAGACGCAGCCCAGUUCUCUUACUCUGCAGUUUGUGCCUUAACACUCAGGCUUCUCUACUCUGACGACUGCCACAGGUCUUUCAAUGAAGAAUUUCUUCAGAAACUUUUUGUAUUUCUGGCGCAACCAGAUCAGGUUUGUGUCACAAUCAAAGCUCUUCUCGAGGGCCAUGGCAGUGACGACCCUGAUCCUUUUAUGAAUGUCUUGUUGUCCGAGCCCAUCUUGCAGGAGUCAGUGUUGCCUCUUAUUACAGACUUGAUUGGCAUUGUGAUAAGUGAAGGUACAUAUGAUGCAAGAGCUCGUGUUUUAGCCAAACAUUUAGCAUGGCUCUUUCGUGUUGACUGGAAACAGGUGGUUGAUUUUGAAGAUCAGCUGAAAUUGUUUAGACAGAAAUUUUCCUACUCUCUCUCUCUGUCACUUCCGACCCCAAACGAGUUUGCAUUGAUUGGCUUAGCAACCGUCGGAGGUGGAACACUUAUUGGAUUGACUGGCGGUCUUGCAGCUCCACUGGUCGCUGCCGGUGCUGGAGCCAUCAUUGGUGGCACUGGGGCUGCGGCUCUGGCUACUACCACUGGGGUUGCCGUCAUUGGGUCUUUGUUUGGCGUUGCUGGAGCCGGUCUCACAGGUUACAAGAUGAAACGCCGUGUGGGAGCUGUAGAAGAAUUUGUGUUUGAACCCCUGAUUCCUGGUUCUCCUCUCCAGUCUCAAAGCCAAGGGAGACAACUGCAUAUCACUAUUGCUGUCAAUGGUUGGCUUAACAGUUAUAUGAAAGAUUACAAAGAACCAUGGCUGGCCCUGAACGAAAGCCGAGAACAGUAUAGUCUCCGCUGGGAGUCAAAAUACCUUUUGGAAUUAGGGAAGGCUUUUGACUAUAUCUUUAGCCUGGCUGUUGGUGUGGCAACCCAAGAAGCUUUGAAAUAUACAAUAUUAUCAGGUUUAAUGACUGCCAUUGCUUGGCCUGCAUCACUUGUCUCUGCUGCCGCUGUAAUCGACAAUCCAUGGAGUGUCUGCCUUCAAAGAUCUCGAGAAGUUGGUAAACAACUUGCUGAAGUCCUUCUUGCUCGGGAACAGGGUUGUCGCCCAGUAACCUUGGUUGGUUACAGUUUAGGAGCCAGGGUCAUCUUUUGUUGCCUUGAGGAGUUAGCCAAUAGAAAAGGUUGUGAAGGAAUUAUAGACGAUGUGAUUUUGCUGGGUGCCCCUGUUAGUGCGACUACGUCUUACUGGGAACCACUGACCAAAGUUGUAAGUGGGAAACUAAUUAAUGGAUAUUGCAGGGCUGACUGGAUGUUAAAAUUCCUCUAUCGGUCGUCUUCUAUGCAAGUUUAUAUUGCUGGUCUGAUGCCAGUUAAGAUGGAAAAUCGUUGUAUGCAUAAUAUUGAUUUGAGUGAUGUGGUCAAAGGUCACUUGGAUUAUAUGAAAAAAUUAGACUGUGUUUUAAAAGUGGUUGGAAUGCAUACGAAGGACUGCGACCAUUUUUCAACGUCUUCCAUGACGGCCAGAUCCUCAAAGGAAAUCUCCGAUGAGCAGGAAGUGCAAGAACUUACAAACAAAUUUUGCCAAAAUAAAAUCCAAGAUGACUACCAAAGUACUGAAGAACAUGAUUCCCUGGAUUUGUUGACAUCUUCUGAUUUUGAUCUCACUUCUGAACACAGCUUUGGCGAUUACACCGACACCUGUGCCGAAAUGCCUUCCUCUCACUUACAUCAGCCACAUCACAAACAACGAGAAGUGUUUGGGUCUAAACUGCCAUCGUCCCCACAUUCUCUUGUACACUUAACUUCAAGUACUCAAUAUUCGUCAUCAACUGACGAAGAGGGACGAGGGUUGUGUUCUGCCUUACCAAAAUCUUUUUCAGGAUUGGAUUCGGCAUCAGAUUCAGGUCACUGGGAACCACCUGGUACCGGAGAAUCGACAGGGCCGAGCACACCUUCUGAAGGACAGGGAAAGAUUUUUAAUCUACACUCGAACGAGAAAGACGAUAGGAAUUUCAUCAAGUCAAGAGUUUUAGAGUCGCAGGAUUCUUCAGAUACGUAA